AUGGCGGCGGCCGAGGCAGAGGCGGGUAGUGUGCGGUGCGCCAUGGCGGGGGCCGCAGGCUCUGCGAUGGACGGGAUGGGGGUCGUGGGCCCUGCGACGAACGAGCCCGGGCUCCAGGCGGGCGCCACGGGCCCUGUGGUGGCUGAAGCGCCGGUGCCGCCGCUGCUGGGAAUGCAGCUGCUGCAGCAAGGCGCCGAGGCCCACGUUUACCGCGGGCUCUUCCUUGGGCGGGCGGCGGUAGCCAAGGUCCGCAUCCCGAAGCGGUACCGGCACCCGGCGCUGGAGGAGCGGCUGAGCCGGCGGCGCACAGCGCAGGAGGCGCGAUCGCUGCUGCGGUGCCGGCGGGCAGGAAUUGCAGCUCCAGUGGUCUACUUUGUGGAUUAUGUCUCCAACUCCAUAUAUCUUGAAGAUAUUGUGGACUCCAUCACUGUUCAAGACCAUAUUUAUUCUGUACAGCGCAGUGGAAAUGAUCCCAGUAGCCUCCUUGUCUUAGCAGAGAAGAUGGGCGAGCUGUUGGCAAGAAUGCACGAUGAAGAUCUCAUCCAUGGGGAUCUAACAACUGCCAAUAUACUUCUGCGGCCACCCAUUGAGAAGCUGGACUUGGUGCUGAUAGACUUUGGACUCAGUUUUAUUUCAGGUCUUCCGGAGGAUAAAGGAGUUGAUUUGUAUGUUCUGGAAAAAGCCUUCCUUAGCACUCAUCCAGACACUGAGUCUAUGUUUCAAGCUUUGCUGAAGGCCUAUGCAGCUACAUCUAAAAAAUCUGGCCCUGUGAUCAAAAGGUUGGAUGAAGUGCGGCUGAGGGGAAGGAAGAGAUCCAUGACUGGGUAA